AAAUUCAUUUGCAGGGAGCUGCUGGGCUUUCUCUACUGUGUCUGCGGUGGAAGGGAUCAAUCAGAUCGUGACCGGAGACCUGAUCUCGCUCUCGGAGCAGGAGCUGGUUGACUGCGAUACGGCGGUCAACGAGGGAUGCAACGGUGGGCUCAUGGAUUAUGCCUUCGAGUUCAUCAUCAAUAACGGUGGAAUCGACACCGAGGAAGAUUACCCUUACAAGAGCAGGGACGGCAGAUGCGAUUCUUUCAGGAAAAAUGCUCGUGUGGUCAGCAUAGAUGGGUACAAAGAUGUGCCUGAAAAUGACGAGAAUGCCUUAAAGAUAGCAGUUGCUAACCAGCCGGUUAGCGUAGCCAUUGAGGGCAGCGGAAGAGCUUUCCAGCUCUAUGAAUCGGGAAUUUUCUCUGGAUCAUGUGGUCUUGAUCUUGACCAUGGUGUCACUGCGGUGGGCUAUGGCUCCGAGAAUGGCAAUGACUACUGGAUUGUUAGGAACUCUUGGGGCACAGAGUGGGGAGAGGAUGGAUACAUCAGACUAGCUCGUAAUAUAGGCUUGUCAUCUGGAAAAUGUGGCAUCGCAAUGGAAGCAUCC